AUGAUAGAUGCAAAGCCUAUUGAUACUCCUAUGGGAAUCAAUCUAAAAUUUGAUGCUGCUGGAACUGAUACUACAGUUAAUGAGACUAUGUAUAGAGGGAUAAUUGGGUCCCUACUAUAUUUAACUGCUAGCAGGCCUGAUAUUGUGUUUAGUGUUGGCAUGUGUGCAAGAUUCCAUGCUUGUCCAAAGGAAUCACAUCUAAAAGUUGCCAAGAGAAUUCUAAGAUAUCUGAAGAAGACUAAGGACCUGGUUUUAUUUUACCCAUCAGGAGACUCUUUUGAUUUGGUGGGAUAUGCAGAUGUAGAUUAUGCAGGAUUUCAGGUUGACAGGAAGAACACAUCAAGAAUGGCUUAUUUCUUGGGUUCAUGCCUUAUCUCUUGGGGAACUAAAAUGCAGAAUUUUAUUACUCUCUCAACAACUGAAGCUGAAUAUGUCAUAGAUGCAUCAUGUUGUGGAUAA